AUGGAUGAAGCAGAGAAGUACAAACAGCGUCUGGAGGCCAUAGCCGAAAAGCGGCGACUGAUGGAGGAACAGGAGAGAGCCAAGCGAGACAUGGAAGAUGAGCGUAUAAGAUUGCAGCAACUUAAGAGGAAAUCUCUGAGAGACCAGUGGCUGAUGGAGGCUCCUCCCUUGUCUCCCUCUUCCUUGGAAACUCCACGUUCUAUGUGGGGCACUCAGGUCCAGGACAACGGGAAUCACAUAGAGAAGUUGGAGUCACAGACUCAGCAGUUGGUAGAAGCUGAGGAGGAGCUCACAGAAGAGGUGGAGAACGGCCAGAUGGAGGCAGCUGCUAUAGAAGAAAUGGCAACAGAAAUAGUUCAAAAUGUUUUGCGAAAUGGAAAAUACACAGCAGAAUCAGGUGAACAGAUCCCAGCUGUCACACUCUCUCAGGAUUUGCUGCACACUGUUAAUGGACUGAGCGCUGAAACAAAAACUGGCCCAGAAGUGAAUUUAAAUAAUAAUAAUGUUGAAGAUGAAGAGGAGGGAACUAUUGUGAUCCGAGCAGAAUGCAUCAUGAUCACAGACGAAGGGGAUGAUACAGCAGAUGAUGACACCAAAGAGAACUGCGGGGGAAAUUACGCUUCAAUAUCAGAUGAAACGCAAAAGACGGUUAUAGAAUCCAGGCAAACCGAGAGCACGGUGGACUGUACGGCUGAAGUUGAACCACCCGAAAAUGCGAAAAUACCCAACGGAGUGCAGGAAGGUCAUUUAGACGAUACGGAAGAUUUUCAAUUACACACCCAGACUCACGAGGGCGCUGUGGUGUCGUCGGUGCCGGUCUACACUCAAGCUUGCAUGACAACGGCACAGGUAGAAGUAGAGAAUGAAGUCUGCGCUGAAGAAACGGCAUUUGAAGUAGUGUCCAAGCCAAAGGGUAACGUCAAGGUGGAGUUUCAGCAGGUGGCCCUGUCUGAGGGAACAAAGGGCCCUUGUGAACCCCUCCUAUCCGAUGUCACAAAUCCAUGCACCAGAAACGAAGCAGAACGCACAAACACGUCGGACAAGGGAGAGGCAAAGAUGAACAAAAGGAAAACGUGCCAGUGUUGCUCCGUUAUGUAA